AUGGCUGAUGAUGAUGAGGGAAACAAAAGGACCAUCACAAGCAGGAUUGAAACCUUUCUGGACCCAGUGAGACGAGAUUACUAUGGAGGACAGCAUAUUAUUACGGAGAGCAAGAGUGAAUGUCCAGAGCAAAGGAGGGCAACAGGAAACAUUGCAAAACGGAAAAGCCCGCAGUGUAUCCACAUCCGUCAAAAAAAAAUUAGGAACUGGGGAAAGGGAACAAUGAGGGCGAAUCGGCAGCAAACUAACGGAAAAACAACGAAUCACAGAUGGGACAGCAAACUAUUUUCUUAUUCUCGAUGGGAACUGAAUGACUCUGUCAAUGAUGAUGGUUAUUACCUACUGCAACCAUGUCAACCACAUACACAUUUCAAAUGCAAAGACCUUGAUGUGGAAGCAAUUAUCAUUUCUUCACAAUUGUCAAAUUCAACACAUGGUUCAAGUAAAGAAAUUGAGUCGUGUAUGAAUGAAGAGUAUUUCGCUGGCCGGAAAGGUAAACACUCCCCUUUGCAGCAAAUCACCUCCAAAGAUCUGAAUGAGUAUGCUACGAAUUCUCAGAAUACAACUGAACCAAUUUCCAGAAAAUGUACAACUAUACCUUUGGUGAGAAAGCAUACAAAUGGGCAGCAAAAGAGUGAUAUUCCAAAUGCAACCUGGUCUGUUAACAAGUGUGCAAAUCUUCUGGUGCCCAUACCAAACCAUGUGCAUGGUGGCAAUGAGCUGAAAGGUCAGGUACAAGUAAUGCAGUCAAGAUCAACAAUUUCUGAGUGUGAUGAUCAGGAGAAUAGCAGCUACUGUAAAAACUCUUCCCAAGCUUGUGAACUGUCAACAGCAAAGGAACUUCUGUUAAUUUCGAAAAUGAAGAAAAGAGACAUUGGAAAGAAGAGCCAUUUCAAGUCCAAGCUUUAUCCAAAAAAUCUGUUCACUCAAGAAUGUUAA